CUCUUUCUGAUAAACACCAUGAAAGCGGCACUGAGGAAUGCACACUUACAGAUACAAUGGUUUCAGUAAAUGAUAACUCUGAAAGCACCUUGGGUAGUGUAGUUGACACACAUCAUACUGAUAGUGAUGAAGGUCUUGAAAUGGGACAUGAUUACAUGCCACAAGAAGAUAAUUCGGACACGGACCACCUCCUUGAAAUGGGACAGGAAGAAUAUGUACCGAAAGAAGGUGUAUUUGAAUUUGUGACAGUGAAAGCUUUGUUUGACUUUGACGCCGUUUUUGAGAACGAAUUAAGCUUUAAACAAGGUGACAAGUUAGAUAUUGACAAGGACUUGUUCGGUCAAGCUUCGUUUUGGUGGUAUGCUUCUCAUCAAGAUUGUAGAAAGAAAGGCUACAUUCCAAGUAGUUUUGUUUUGAAAGACGAGAAUUCGUUGGAAGCUCAAGAUUGGUGGUUCAAUGGAAAUGAAACUGAUGCUGAAACCCUAUUGCGCCAUUCUAGCUUCCAGUCUGGGACAUUUCUUGUCAGGCAAGCUAUAGGGGAAGAUUCCUACAUGUUAUCUGUAAAAGAUAUUGACAAGGAAACAGAUACACCGUUUAUAAGCCAUUAUAAAAUAAGACAUUGGAAAGACAGAGGCUAUUACAUUUGCGAAAACCGAUGUUUUGACAACAUUCCUAAACUCAUCUCGCAGUACAGUUGUGAGACUAAUGGUAUAUGUUGUAAGCUGGAAAAGCCAUGUCCGAAAGAUCCACCAGAAUUGCCAAUUAGAUUAUAUGAGUGGCUUAAGUGGCUUGAAGUAACGAGAAGUUCGGUGAAAAUUGGCGAUAAAGUUCCAGUAUCUUCCUUUGGAGACAAAUGUUAUGGUACAUUUCUAAAUGAUCGUAUCGCUAUUAAGACAUUGAGAGAUAAAGCGAAACCAGUGGACGAUUUGCUUGGCGAAGCCUAUCUUUUAAAAGACUUAAGACAUAAAAGGCUUGUUCAGUUAUUGGCACUUUGUACAGACAAAAUGCCAUUCUGGAUGAUAACUGAGGAUGUGACAAACGGUGAUUUACUUGCCUGUUUGCGUGAAGAUAUGGGAAGAAGUCUACAACUGAAUGUUCUUGUUCAUAUCGCUAGUCAGAUAUCAGAUGCUAUGGACUACUUAACAAAACAGAAAGUUGUACACAGGAAUUUGAGAGCAUGUAAUAUUCUCAUUGGAGCUGGCAACAAAGUCAAAGUUUCUGGAUUAGAACUAGCUAAGAGGAUGUAUGACGAUAACUGUAUAUAUGCUUCCGACGGACAGAUUCCGGUGAAAUGGACGCCCCCAGAAGCUGUUAUAUAUAACAAAUUUAGCGCGAAGUCUGACGUUUGGUCAUAUGGAAUACUGUUAUAUGAAAUCAUAUCAUUUGGAAUGUCUCCAUAUUCAGGUAUGAGCAAUUCGGUUGCAUUACGUCGUGUGUGUGAAGGGUACCGAAUGCCAAAACCAGAGACUGGAUCAAUUGAUUGUCCGGAUCCGUAUUAUGAAAUGAUGCUGAAAUGUUGGGAGAAAAAUGAGCAACGACGACCCAGAUUUUCUUUCCUUCACGAUUUCUUUGAACAUUACUACGUAUAUACAGAGGAAAUGGAAACUGAGUUGUAACUUAAAUGCUAGAAGGCUCCCAUAUAUUGCAGUUAUUAAUGAGCCGCGCCAUGAGAAAACAAACAUAAUGGCUUUGCGACCAGGAUGGAUCCAGACC